CCUAUUUAAAGGCCCAUAGGAACACGACAUCGUCAGUGGUACUUUUGUGUUUAUAGCGAAAGCAUAUUUAAUUAGCGAACAAUAUUCAAAUACACCUCGUGAACCAAAUCAUUAAUCAAACUCUGUUUUAACCAAUUCUCGCAAUGGAAGCUCCAGCAGUAGAUAACCAAAUUCAAGGCCACGGUGUACAAAUUGUGAAUCUUACGAGCAAUCACACGUACCAAUUGAACGAGGAGGCGCUGAAAAAAAUCUUGCUUCGUGAGGAUGUCAAAGACUUGCCCGUGGUGCUGGUGAGCGUGGCUGGCGCCUACCGCGGCGGCAAGUCCUUCUUGCUCAACUUCUUCCUACGUUACCUCACCUCGCCGGAGGAGAUCCGCGACGAGAACGGAACCUGGCUCGGAGCAGAAAACAAUACACUUGCUGGAUUCAGUUGGCGAGGUGGCGCGGAUCCGCAUACCACAGGCAUACUGAUGUGGUCUGAGCCCUUCAUCGCUACGCUACCCUCCGAUGAGAAGGUGGCAGUGUUGCUGAUGGACACGCAGGGUACGUUCGACAGCGGAAGCACAGUGCGCGACUGCUCCACCAUUUUCGCACUCUCGACACUCGUAUCAUCCGUACAAAUAUAUAACAUCAAAGAAAACAUCAAGGAAGACGAUUUGCAACAUUUGCAGCUGUUUACACAAUAUGGCAAAGCGAUUAAAAAUGAAGAUGGAACGAAACCAUUCCAAGUGUUGGAGUUCCUGAUUAGAGAUUGGCAAUAUGAGUACGAUCACGAGUACGGGCAGAAGGGCGGUGAAGAGCUGUUGGAAGAUAGAUUAAAAAUUAAAAAAGGGAUGGCCCCAGAGCUGAGCGAACUGCGACAACACAUCCGCUCCUGCUUCGAAAAAGUGACUUGCUUCCUGAUGCCGCACCCUGGCCGCAGCGUGCGUAAGAAGAAUUUCUCCGGGAAACUUUCCGAACUGGAUGAAGAAUUCAUAGACGCGCUGAAAGAACUUGUGCCUUCAAUAUUUGCACCUGCCAACUUGACUCCCAAGUUGAUGAAUGGAGAAAAAGUGAAAGCUCGCGAUCUUUUCACUUACAUCCAAUCUUACAUGAUGAUAUUUAAUAGCGAUAAAGCGCCGUCUGUAAACAGCAUAAUGAAGGCGACGUCGCAGGCGGCGCUGCUGGCGGCGGUGCAGGACGGGCGCGAGCUGUACGAGGCGCGCAUGGCGCGAUUGAGCAGCGACGCGCAGAGCUUGCCGAGCCACGCGCUCGAAGAGGAGCACCGCCGAGCGCUCGCCGACGCGCACGCCGCCUUCACUGACAAGAAAACUAUGGCCACCAAGAAGGACUCCAACGCCUACUUGGCACAAUUAACUCACGAACUGGAAGAACGUCUGCCACAAUUCGUGCUGAUAAAUGAAGGCAAGCUGCGUAGGACCAUUGAAGAAGCUAAACAGGCUUACGACGCGGUGCUUGUGCGUGUCAAGGGAAAGAACCUGCUGUGCCUGCACCCGCUGGAUUUGGAUGAAGUUCAUGGCGACGCAAUGGCAGCGGCACUCACAAUUUUUGAUGCCAAGAGAAAGCGAUAUCCCAAUGAACAGGAUCUAGAAAGAAUCAAAUUUAUUCAGGUUUUGCAGAAGGAACUUGAAAAUCUUCAAGUCACAAACGAACAACACAAUAAAAUGUUUGAAUCCAGCGUGCGAAUGGAGUUUUCGACUGAAAUGGAGUCUUUGCUUUCAAAAGAUCCUCCUUUGGAUGAUGACCAGUUCACCGCCAAAUACGAAGAGGCUAAGACAAAGACUCUCGCCGCGUUCGAAAGUAAACGCAAUAAGCCAUCAAAAUAUACAGAAGACCCGUAUAAAACUUCUUUGCUCGAGGCAAUGUCAGGCCAGUUCUUACGUCUGGAAACAAUUAAUAGAAGCAAAAAUCGACGAGCAUUCCAAAGGUCUAUAGAUUUCUACUCUAAUUAUAUGAAAAUGUUUUGGAAUCCCGAUCAAUGUUGCCUACAUCCUGAUGAUCUAAAGACAAAUCACCAAUUGGCAAAGAACCAGGCUUUGGGACUCUUUCACCCUAAUAAGGAUGAUAAUGAUUUUGAAAAACAACUUCUUUCUCAGAUAUUAGACUUUAAAUACUACGAAUUGAAGAAUUUAAAUGAUUCACUCAAUGAAAUAGCUGUCAGAGAUGCUGUCAGGAAAUAUAUUGCAUACAUGGAUGAAAUGACUGCCGCCAGCCCGUGGUGGUUGCUCGUGGUCCCGAUAAUAGUGACUUUAGCUAAACUGCCGAGGUACCGCCGGGAGGCCAAAGAAAAGGCAUUGCUUGAGUUCUAUAAUCACCGCCGCGACACAAUGAACCCAGCCUACGACCCAUUUUUGGAAAAACUGAAUGGCAAAAUUGACGAAGCCGCACGAAGAUAUUAGUAACCAUAAUAUGAAAUUCAUCAACGGACUGGCGCGCACAAAUAAUGAACUUUAUGUAAUUGAUAGAUUGAUGAAACUCAAUAAUAUAUUAUUAUUCAUGGCAUGAA